AUGACCAAGCUUCUCACUCCCCUCCGCGUCGGGCGCAUGGAGCUCUCCAACCGCAUCGCCAUGGCCCCAAUGACCCGCUUCCGCGUUAGCGAUGACCAUGUCCCUCUUCCCCUCGUCAAGGAGCACUACGCCCAGCGCGCCUCCACACCAGGAACCCUCCUCAUCACCGAAGCAACCAUCAUCGCCCCCCAAGCCGGCAUGUACCCCAACAUCCCCGGUAUCUGGAACGACGCCCAAAUCGCCGCCUGGAAGGAAGUCACCGACGCUGUCCACGCCAAGGGCUCCUACAUCUACAUGCAGCUGUGGGCGCUGGGCCGCGUCGCAAGUGCAGACCUCCUCAAGGCUUCCGGAUUCGACCUCGUCUCUGCCAGUGAUGUCCCCGCAUCAAGCGAAGCGCCUGUCCCGCGCCCGCUGACUGAGGAGGAAAUCCAGGCUUAUAUCCAGGACUAUGCGCAGGCUGCGCGUAAUGCUGUCGCCGCGGGCUUCGACGGUGUCGAGAUCCACGGUGCCAAUGGAUAUCUGAUUGAUCAGUUCAUUCAGGAUGUUAGCAAUAAGCGCACUGAUCGUUGGGGUGGUAGCGUUGAGAACCGCGCUCGCUUCGCGAUUGAGGUCACCCGCGCUGUCGUUGAUGCUAUUGGCGCAGACCGAACUGCCAUCCGCUUCAGUCCCUUCAGUUCCUUCCAGGGUAUGAGGAUGCAGGAGCCACAGCCCCAGUUCGCUUAUCUGGCGCGUGAGCUGGCUCCACUGAAGCUUGCAUAUACGCACUUGGUUGAGGGCCGCGUUGAUGGUAACGCAGAUGUCGAGUCUACCGAUGAUUUGCAGUUCUUCCUAGAUGCUUACAAGGGUGCCGGUCCCCUUGUGAUUGCGGGUGGCUAUCAGCCAGAGUCGGCUAAGGAGGCGGUUGAUCACAAGUAUAAGGAUCAUGAUGUCGUUAUUGGCUUCGGUCGGCCGUUUACCUCGAACCCGGAUCUGCCUUUCCGUAUCAAGGAGAAUGUGCCUCUUGUGCCGCAUAAGCGCGACGUGCUGUAUGUUCCUAAGGACCCCAAGGGUUAUAAUGAUUGGGAGUUCAGUGUUGAGUAUAAGAAGGCUGUGGAGGCUGCAGCUUGA